AUGUCGUCGUUUUUGUGGCUUCUGCUGGUGUUAAGUUUAAAAUUGGAAUGUGCAAAUGCCCAGGGCUUUGGGAUUAACCUUAUAAAAGUACCAGAUGAUGAUCAAGGUCAAAUUAUUUGCACUACCGCCUUGCUGAAGAAAUACUUCCACUCGGAUGAGCCGCUGUCGGGAUUUGUGCUCCACGUUAGCAUCACAUUGGCGGCUGGGCAUUUGCAGAAUUCACUGCUCCAUGCUUUCCACAGCGAACCGCAGUACCCCUGGUCCAUUGUAGUCAAAGAAGUACACAAGCGUUCUUCUGUCCAGGUUUUGUCGACCGGAUUUGUGUUGCAUGAGAAGCCCCAAUGUUAUUUUAUGGUUAUCGAAAACAUAGACGACGAAGACAUGGAUGAGAUAUUUGAAAAUUGGAAAUCAAAUGUCAAUUGGAAUCCCUUGGCCCAAUUUGUUGUGUAUUUGUCGUCGGUAGAGGAAACGGCAGAAGAAAUGACUGAUAUAAUGACCGAAAUCCUAUUGAAUUUUAUGAACAAAAAAAUCUACAAUGUCAACAUAAUCGGGCAAAAUGAGGAGGAGAGUUAUUACUAUGGCAAAUCGGUGUUUCCCUACCAUCCAGAUAAUAACUGCGGCAAUCGAGUUAUAACCAUCGAAACGCUCGAUCUUUGUGAUUUCCAGGAAGACGAUAAGGAGGAAGAGUACGAUGAGGAGGAAGAUCAUGAUGAAGUCGGUGGCAUGGAGUCGGAAAGAUUAAACCAUGAGACGCAAAUCGAGAUUGGUGGUAAAAUAAAUGGAAAAGAAAUGGAUUCAAGUGGUACAAUAACUACAGAACACCGAUCCAAAAUCCAGAAUAGAUUUUUGAAAGAAGAAAACACAGUUAGAGCCACGAUAUACCAAGAAUUUGCCCAAUUCGACGUUGAAUUUGUUGAGGCAACAAACUUGAACAUCCCUGCUACUUCAAACCUGGGUAUGACCGACGAAGUCGAGAAACCAGAGGAAUCUCCCCAGUUCUACAUCGAGGAAAUGUAUCGGGCCUUAUUCCUAGAUAAGUUCCCCAAAGAUUUAAGUGGAUGUCCAUUGGCGGCUGCCUAUCGUCCAUGGGAGCCAUACAUCUUCAACGAGGCUCAGCGGGAUGCAAGCAAGGUGACUCCUGGCCAAAAUCCAAUGGAUGAUAAUUUAGAUGGCGACUAUGUUGGUGCUAGCGACGAGGAUGUUGUUGAUUAUAAAUCCUACGAGGAACAAUUAAAUUCGGAUGGUGACACCACAAUAAGGUCCGUGGAAAUACGCUUAAACGGCAUUGAAUAUAAAAUGGUCCAGACUAUUGGAGAACGUCUACACAUCAGAAUAAAUAUGCAAGUGGAGAACAAAAACGUCUAUCAUUUAUUCCAGCAACUGAUCGAUGGAGAUAUUGAAAUGGUAAUUGGUGGCAUCGAUGAAGAUCCAAGCAUUAGCCAAUAUGUUUCUAGUACCAUACCAUAUCACCAGGACGACUUGACGUGGUGUGUUGCAAAAGCACGACGCUCCUACAACCUGUUUAGCUUUGUGGCCACAUUCGAUGAAACCGCGUGGAUACUUACCUUGAUAUUUAUCCUUACGGUAUCGUUUAGCAUAACGAUAUCGCGGAGGUUUCUGAAACUUCGUUUGCAUUGUCUUAAAAGUUACUUAAGCACAAACAUGUACAUCAUGGGUGUCAUACUAAGCCAGGCGAUAAAUUUGCCCCGCAUUCCCACCAGCCUGCAAAUUUGUUUCGGCACCACCUUCUUCAUGGGCCUGAUAUUCAGUAACGUUUACCAGAGUUUUCUCAUAAGCACUCUGACAACACCCAAAUUGUCUCACCAAAUUAGUCACACCGAGGAGAUUUUCGCCAAUCGCAUGGAUGUCAUGGGUAGUGUCGAUAAUGUACGUCAUCUGAGCAAAGAAGGCGAAGUGUUUCGCUAUGUUCGUGAACAUUUCCAUAUGUGCUACAAUAUCGAAGAAUGCCUUCAUCGAGCAGCAAUGGACCCCAACUUAGCAGUGGCUGUUUCUCGUCAACAUUCCUUUUACAAUCCCCGCAUACCCAGGGAUAAUUUGUAUUGCUUCGAUCGCAACGAGAACAUUUACAUCUACUUGGUGACGAUGCUGCUUCCAAAGAAAUUCCAUCUGCUACACAAGAUCAAUCCAGUCAUACAGCACAUAAUUGAAUCGGGCCACAUGCACAAAUGGGCUCGGGAUCUGGAUAUGCGCCGCAAAAUAGUCGAAGAGAUUCAAAGGGCUCACGGGGAGCCAUUUAAGAGGCUAAUGCUACACCAAGUGGCUGGACCCUUUGCUUUCAGCGGAGUUUUACUUUUAUUUGCUAUGUGUGUCUUCUUAAUGGAACAUUUUACAUUUUGGUUGGUGGUACAUCGUAGAACUCGCCUAAGAAUAUUCAAAUAUAUGCAUAGAAAGCUCAUGUAAAAUGAUCCAUAUUACGCUCCACUACACCAUACAAUAUUUUUAAGCAAUUGGAUUGUUCUGUACAUAUGUUGAAGCUUGUGCACGAAGGAUAAAGACACACCUGGCCUGGGUCCUUCUCAGAUUAAUAUUAGGCGAUGUGUUUAGUGUAUUUCAUAUCUCAUUUCUAUGGUAAGGUAUCCAAGGAACUACAUCGGAUACACAGAAAAACUUAAAAUCUUGGCUUAGCUAAAAUAUUUGUAUAUUCAAUUAAAAAAUUUGCAGAAAUCGGAUCUGGGUAUAAUUAAAUUUGUAUUUUAAUAAAUGAUUUUGCGUUUGCAUUUA